AACGUGAAAAAAAGAUUCAUCAGAUUCAGUCCUCAAAAAACGAUAAGGAUCUAAUUGGCGCCCCUUUACUAUUUCCAUCUCCUUCCUUCAAAGUAGACAACUUUGGAUCCCUCCCUACGUCCUUACGCCGAGCGAGAUCUACACAAUCUCCGAUCCCCAAAAUGGCGACGAGAAGACGUACUUUGCUCAAGGUCAUUGUCCUCGGCGAUAGCGGGGUUGGUAAGACUUCCUUGAUGAAUCAAUAUGUGCAUAACAAGUUUAGUCAACAGUAUAAAGCGACUAUUGGUGCUGAUUUCGUGACCAAGGAGCUUCAGAUUGGGGAUAAGCUUGUUACUCUCCAGAUUUGGGAUACUGCUGGACAAGAGAGGUUCCAGAGUCUUGGUGCUGCGUUUUACAGAGGUGCAGAUUGUUGCGCUUUGGUUUAUGAUGUCAACGUCGCCAAGUCCUUUGACUCCCUCGAAACUUGGCAUGAGGAGUUUCUUAAACAGGUUCUUGGAUUAGCUUCUUUCUUUUUUUUCUUUAUAUUCAGGUUAAGGUUAGCUCUUGUUUUCUUUGUUUGUUAUGAUGAAUACAUGUAACAUGUGAACCCGCUGCUAUGCGAAUUGUUAGCUUUGACUAUCUAGAUUCACAGUCUUGAGAUUUUUAUUAACAGUUUGCUGAGUCAAACUUAUUUGUGAUUAGGAGAACCUUUGGUUAGGAAACAUAUCUCUUUUGGUCUUGAUGACCAUAUCUGAAGUUUUGUGUUCCCAUCAUAUAACAUGUUUUUUCGUUUGUAACAAUAAUAUUACCAACUAGCAAAUAUAUUACUAACCUUUUUUUUGCGUUCGUAGCAGUUUUAGAAUUCGUUAAAACUAUAAAGCUUGUUCCUUGUUCAGUUUGUUUUCCUGCACUCAUACUUUAAUGCCUUUAACAGUUUGUAAUAUUCUAAACUUUGAUUCCGUGGCAUCUUCUUGUCCUGCACAGGCAAGUCCGCGGAUCCAAAGACAUUUCCGUUUAUAGUGCUUGGAAACAAGGUUGACAUAGGUGGGGGAGCACUAGAGUGGUCUCUGAGACGAAAGCAGCUGACUGGUGUGCUUCAAAUGGUAACAUACCCUAUUUCGAGACAUCAGCUAAAGAAGACUACAAUGUCGAUGAGGCUUUCUUUACCAUUGCCAAAACCGCUCUUGCCAACGAGAAUGAUCAGGACAUAUACUUCCAAGGCAUACCAGUUGCAGUGACUGAAAACGAGCCAAAAGGGGGGUGGUUGCGCUUGCUGAACUGUGGAUUUGAACAUUCUUUUGCGUUCGUUUUUGAUACAUUUGCUCGUUAUUCAUUGAAGGUUGGUGUACUCUUUGAGGAUUUCAGAACGAUAAGUUUGUAGAAUCAAUCUUUUCAGCUAUUCCAUCAUGUAUUAAUUUGAUUGGAGGAGUCUGUAUGAUCAAAAUCGAUUCUGCUGGAUA